CUGUCAUCAGUUUAGUGAUUCUAAGCAAAACACGAUGCCACGUUUUACUGUUAAUGUAAGGGGAGAGUGGUUGACAGUCCCUUGUAAGAAACCCAGUUGCACCAUACAGUUGCUGGGUCUUGAGGCUCUUAAACGGUAUGUGAAGAAUAAACCUGACAAUGGGGGAAUUGAUCCGUUUGACGACAUCCACUUUGUGGCGAGGCGUUGUCAAGGGCAAGGAGUGUUGGAUGCUGAUGACACAGUUGAAGAUGUUCUUGAAGAUAAUGACUUCAUUGAACUGGUCAUCGAGGGUGACACUAUGUCCACUGACUACAUGCAAGUCCCAUGUGGAAUUUCACAACUAACAUCAGUAUAUCGAGAGCCAGAGAAUUACAUUUCUCUAGACGGCAACAAUCUGAGCUCUACAGACCUUGUUAAUUUGGGAAAGGGGCUCUAUAAGAUCAAGUUGACUCCUGAGGCUGAAAAUAAAGUUUUACAAUCAAGGGAACUGUUGGACACAAUUGUUAAUGAAAACAAAGUUGUGUAUGGAAUAACUACGGGUUUUGGAAAAUUUGCACGGACUGUCAUCCCUGUCAGCAAACUGAAGGAAUUGCAGGAAAAUCUUGUGCGAUCACAUGCUGCUGGCGUAGGCAGUCCUCUGAGUCCUGAGAGAAUCCGAAUGCUGCUGGCCUUGAGAAUCAAUGUCCUGGCCAAAGGGUACAGUGGAAUCUCCUUAGAGACCCUUCAUAGCAUGAUUCAAGCCUUCAACGCAUCCUGUCUGUCUUUUGUCCCUGAGAAAGGGACAGUGGGAGCCAGUGGAGAUCUUGCUCCUCUCUCUCAUCUUGCUCUUGGACUGAUAGGAGAAGGCAAGAUGUGGUCACCCAAAAGCGGUUGGGCAGACGCCAAAUAUGUGUUGCAGGCUCAUGGACUGAAGCCAAUAUCUCUCAAACCAAAGGAGGGGUUGGCAUUAAUCAAUGGAACACAGAUGAUCACUUCACUGGGUGCAGAGGCUGUGGAAAGAGCUGAGGCCAUCGCUAGACAAGCAGAUGUUGUUGCAGCCCUCACACUUGAGGUGCUUAAAGGGACGACCAAAGCCUUUGACAGCGAUAUCCAUGAGUUGCGUCCCCAUCCAGGACAAAAAGAGGUUGCCUUGCGCUUCCGUUCACUCCUAGACUCUGAUCACCAUGCCUCUGAGAUUGCCGAGAGCCAUCGGUUUUGUGACCGAGUCCAAGAUGCAUACACUAUGCGCUGUUGUCCUCAGGUCCAUGGAGUUGUGAAUGACACAAUUGCCUUUGUCAAAAACAUCAUAAAUACAGAGAUCAACAGUGCCACUGACAACCCAAUGGUAUUUUCAGAGAGAGGCGAGACAAUUUCAGGUGGAAAUUUUCAUGGGGAAUAUCCAGCAAAGGCUCUGGAUUAUUUGUCCAUUGCUGUCCAUGAGCUUGCGGCCAUUAGUGAAAGGAGAAUUGAGCGUCUGUGUAAUCCCUCCUUGAGUGAAUUGCCAGCCUUUCUUGUUAGUGAGGGCGGCUUGAACUCUGGUUUCAUGAUAGCACACUGCACUGCUGCAGCCCUAGUUUCAGAAAACAAAGUACUCUGUCAUCCAUCGUCGGUUGACUCUUUGUCCACCAGCGCUGCCACGGAGGAUCAUGUAUCAAUGGGAGGAUGGGCUGCCAGAAAGGCCCUGCGUGUGAUUGAACAUGUAGAACAAGUGCUGGCUAUUGAACUGCUGGCUGCAUGUCAGGGCAUUGAAUUUUUACGCCCCCUUCGCACCACAACUCCAUUGGAGAGGGUUUAUGACCUUGUGCGCACCGUGGUUAAGCCUUGGAUUAAAGACAGGUUUAUGGCCCCAGACAUUGAAGCUGUCCACCGGCUUCUUAUAGAUCAGAAGGUGUGGGAUGUAGCUAAACCAUACAUUGAAAAGUACCGUAUAGAACACAUUCCAGAAUCCCGGCCCUCCUCUCCGACGGCCUUCUCUUUAGAGUCUCCACCAUCACCCCGAAAACGGAUGCGCCUUGAGUGACAGAGAGGUUAAGCUAAUAUAUUGCCUUCUUUCCAAAGCAAUCUUCACAUGUGAAAGCUUUGGCUGAAUACUUUAUUUUCGACAUCUACCCUGUGAAAUUCUUUGUAGCACAGUGGAGUGUAAUAAAAGGCAAAAAUAAUGAAACACAUACAAUAACUGUUACAUACAAUACGUACAAUAGCUGUUUUUUCAUUUAAAAAAAAAUAAUACAGUGCAAAAUAAUUCUCUUAAUAGUUUACGAUGAAAUAUCCUGAAACUUGGAAAGAUUUUGAAUAACUGUGCACUGGCACAUGAAAUCAAUAUAUAAUUUUAUUUUAAAAUCAAAGCAUAAUUAUGUUCCUUCUCCUAUUUCAUUUAUAUUAAUAAAUCCUUCCAAUAUGCUUUAAAGUCUUACAUAUAUUUUGUAACAAGUUGAUUCAUUGCAUUGAUGGUGUCAGACUUUUUAUUCAGAUCAUUGACAAAUGAGAACAAAAGAUAGUGUCUCCAGUGAAUAAUACACAGGAUGCAGUUUUGCAAAGUGUCCAUGCAACAGUCAGUAUAUUAAACAUGAAAUAUUUGUGUAAACAAAAAAUAACAUUUUUGAAUGUCAUUUUCAGUUGCACAAGAUAUGGUCCACUUUGUAAUUUAAUAGACUAGAGUUAUGAUUUCAAAGCUAUUUUUUUUUUUUAUUUUAAACCAAAUUCAUUGAGGAUAAUGUUUUAAGUCAUGAACCUGGAUCUUGCUGAUGUUAGUUAUUUAGCAUAGCUGCAGUUAGCCUAGUCGAAGCCUCAGUUGACAAAAUCAUUGUUCCUACCCAUCCACACAUAUGACUGGCUAAUGUACAGGACCAGGCAACUCUAGCUGAUGCAUAUGAUCAAAAACCAGCUGAAAACAAAAGGUAUGCUCAGUUAAUAUUGACACAAAAGCUUGGGUGCACCGAGCGGAAGAAAGGAUAACAGCCUCGGCUGUACAGAGGUAAAAGCUGUGUCUUAGCCUAGUUAUCAGGAAAAAGAGCUUUCUGAAGUCGUGAUACUUUGCAGCUAGACUGAAUCUUUAUUCGAGGCUUUCAAUACAGUGCAUGCUAGUGCCACCCUGUGACCAAUUUAGAGUAAGCAAAUGGUCAUUUAAAGAUGAUGAGCUACAUAUGCUAUAGCAGAGACAGCUCUUAGCUUUCGAUAUACAAAAACUUGUACAAUAGAUGUCGUUCAGCAAAAUGGUUCUUCUUUAAUCAUGACUAGUUUCUGGUGUGGACUUGUUAAAUUUUUACUAUUUUACCAGUUUUACUGUUAUUCCUAGUUUAUUCUCUCUCUCCCUGUACAUCCUGUUUUUGUUUCCUAUGCAAAGCACAUUACCACAGUUAUCCUGUGUGUAUGGUAAAUCUUUUACUAACAUGCUUACUCCUUAAGGCUGACUUUUAGGGUCCAUGUGUCUUCUGCUGAUGUGCUGUAUGACAAAGGGGGCUGACAGGUCAACAAGUCCUUGAAACUGUUUUACUGUUUAAUUGGAUCAAGUUACUCAUCUGCAAUGUGCUAAAAUGUCUGCAUGCAAACAACUGGUUUGAAAACCUUUAUACUUCUUUCUAUAUCUCUCUUCACACAUUGUAUUAAACCUUUCUACCUCUUAA